AGGCAAUAUUCCACAAAGUGACUGCGAGCGAAAUAGAGGCGAAUCUACUUUAGAAGUGCAACUUUUUUCUCUGACUGAAGAGAAGACAUUUAUUCUGAGUGACUUUAAAAAGGAACUCUUUAUCAGUGAUCUAGUACUGAGUGACAUUCGUGCAUUUGGUUUUUAUCUUAAAAAAAUUUAUUUUUAAAGAACAAAAUGCCGGAAGACCAAACCAUGGCUGAGGGCGGUGAAGUUGAAACUUACGCCUUUCAGGCUGAAAUUGCACAACUGAUGAGUUUGAUCAUCAACACAUUCUACUCUAACAAAGAAAUCUUCAUCCGAGAAUUGAUCUCUAACUCUUCAGAUGCUCUGGACAAAAUCCGAUAUGAAUCUCUGACAGAUCCAUCGAAGCUGGACUCCUGCAAGGAACUUUUCAUUAAGCUCAUCCCCAACAAAAAUGACAGAACGCUCACCAUCAUUGACUCUGGCAUCGGUAUGACGAAAUCCGACUUGGUUAACAACCUCGGAACCAUCGCAAAGUCGGGCACGAAGGCUUUCAUGGAAGCUCUUCAGGCAGGUGCUGACAUCUCUAUGAUUGGACAAUUUGGUGUCGGUUUCUACUCCGCAUAUCUGGUGGCAGACCGAGUCACAGUCGUUUCAAAACACAACGAUGACGAGCAGUACAUCUGGGAGUCAUCCGCCGGUGGAUCGUUCACUGUUCGACUCGAUAAUGGAGAACCGAUCGGCAGAGGAACGAAAAUCAUCCUCCACAUCAAAGAAGACCAGGCCGAGUACCUUGAAGAAUCCAAGAUCAAGGAAAUCGUGAAAAAACACUCUCAGUUCAUUGGCUACCCAAUCAAACUCGUCGUCGAGAAAGAGCGGGACAAGGAGUUAAGCGAAGACGAGGAGGAGGAGGAGGAGCCAGAAAAGAAGGAAGAUGAAGAUGACAAGCCCAAGAUUGAGGAUGUCGGCGAAGACGAGGACGAGGACAAGCCCAAGGACGAGAAGAAGAAGAAAAAGAAGACCAUCAAAGAGAAAUACACAGAGGAUGAAGAGCUGAACAAAAUGAAGCCAAUCUGGACCCGGAAUCCAGAUGACAUCACCCAGGAUGAGUACGGAGAAUUCUACAAGAGUCUGACCAACGAUUGGGAGGACCAUUUGGCUGUGAAACACUUCUCCGUUGAAGGUCAGCUCGAGUUCAGAGCUCUUCUAUUCGUCCCCAGAAGAGCACCCUUCGAUCUCUUCGAGAACAAGAAAAAGAAGAACAACAUAAAACUCUACGUGAGGCGAGUCUUCAUCAUGGACAAUUGUGAAGAACUCAUCCCCGAGUACCUGAACUUCAUGAGAGGAGUAGUCGACAGCGAGGAUCUUCCUCUCAACAUUUCCCGUGAGAUGCUCCAACAGAACAAAAUUCUCAAAGUCAUCAGGAAGAAUCUAGUCAAGAAAUGUAUGGAACUUUUUGAGGAACUGGCAGAGGACAAGGAGAACUACAAAAAGCUCUACGAACAAUUCGCCAAAAAUCUGAAAUUAGGUAUCCACGAAGACAGUCAGAACAGAAAGAAACUCUCUGAACUUCUCCGAUUUUCGACUUCCGCCUCGGGCGACGAAGUGUGCUCUUUGAAAGACUACGUCGGUCGGAUGAAGGAGAACCAGAAACACAUAUACUACAUCACCGGAGAGAGCAAAGAGCAGGUGGCAAACAGCUCCUUCGUUGAGCGAGUCAAGAAACGAGGUUUCGAAGUCGUCUACAUGACAGAGCCCAUCGACGAAUACGUCGUACAGCAGCUGAAGGAGUUUGACGGAAAGCAGCUCGUCUCUGUGACGAAGGAGGGUCUGGAGCUCCCCGAAGACGAGGCCGAGAAGAAGAAGCGCGAGGAAGACAAGGCUAAAUUCGAGAAUCUCUGCAAAGUCAUGAAGGACAUUCUGGACAAGAAAGUUGAGAAGGUUGUCGUCUCAAACAGGUUAGUCGACUCGCCCUGCUGUAUCGUCACAUCUCAGUAUGGCUGGACGGCAAACAUGGAGAGGAUCAUGAAGGCCCAGGCGCUGCGUGACACCUCAACCAUGGGAUACAUGGCGGCCAAGAAACACCUCGAGAUCAACCCCGAUCAUCCAAUCAUGGAAAAUCUGAGACAGAAGGUGGAGACAGACAAACACGACAAGUCAGUCAAGGACCUGGUGAUGCUCCUCUUUGAGACUUCUCUCCUCUCUUCUGGGUUUGCGCUGGAAGAACCACAGGUGCAUGCUGCGAGAAUCUACAGAAUGAUCAAACUGGGUCUAGGAUUCGAUGAUGAAGAAGUGAUCACCACCGAGGAGGAGAAAAUUGACGAUGUUCCGCCUCUCGAGGGAGACACGGAAGAGGGCUCAAGGAUGGAGGAAGUUGACUAAUUCUUCUGUUCGCGAUCAACUUAAAAAACCCAAAGACUUCUUAGGAAUAGUGAGACUGUUGAAUUUCGGGAGUACUCAAUUCGUUCUUUGACAGAGUCAAGUGGGGAAACAGAUUAAUUUAUUUUGUAUGCGAAUUCAAGUCAGGUCAUUUUUGACCCAGUCCUUAUUCGACUCUGCCAUUGUUCCUUUCUUUUUUUUCUCUUUUUUUUACUUUGUUUUGUACUCGUGAUUUCAUUUUUCGAUGAUUAUUAUAUCUUUUAAUUUAAUGAAAGAUAAUUGUUAAGGACGAGCUUAAAUUUUAAGUGUUAACGCGAUUUCUUCAAGAACUUCACGUCAUUUUUUUUUUCGCCGGUUUUUCAUUCCACACAAAUUCAUUAUACAUAUAGAAUAAGUAUGAAAAGAAAGUUUUCAUGAGUAAUAAAUAUACGUGUUACGGUA